CCCUACAGAUGGAGUCACUGUGCAAGUCAGAGGCAGAGAGGCUUCAAACUGGGCACCAGCGCAGACUCCCUGUGGUGGAAAUCCACGUCUCCACUCCUGCAAAUAUCCAACUCUUUGUUAGCGACAUCCGUAAGAAAUUUCAAGGAUUAGACAGGCCGAAGAGAGCGGGGGUAUGGAUUCUAUUACUUUGACACGCAGUUCUCGGUGCGCAAGCGCACUAGUUCGUCACCGCCUUCUACCUGAGAGGAGCACACCUGGAUCCAACGACGCGGAAGUUUUGUGAAGCCCGACAACAGAGCGAAUCUUUUUUUUUUUUUUUUUUUUUUUUGUCUCCUCGAUUAGUUUCAUUGGACCAGCAGUAACAAACGGGUGAUCUCCAGUUAAAGCAGGAUGUCAUUCGUUGGAUUUUUUGUAAAUCAUUUACAGGAUUGCCAACUUUAACCCGUGGAUCGGCUCAUGCAGAAUCUCAGUUUAAAGCCUUCCUGCUCUCCUUUAAAGAACAAUGACAGCUCUUCGCAGAGUCCUCCGAAGGCGGCUGCACCCACUUAAACUGGCUGUAGUGGCCCUUGUCUUUGUUACAUUUGUGUUCUUCAUACAAUGGGAAGUGGGAACCCAAAGCCAACAGGAGGACCCAUGGCUAAAGGAGAUGGCAGUGAAGCGGGACGUCAUGCUGGGGAUGAUGAUGGGAGCUGUCAAUAACUUCAGAGAUGCAAUGCCAAAGAUGCAGAUCAAAGCCCCUGUACGGCAGCAGGAUAAACCAGACGGUGCAUCCUGCCUGCCAGGUCACUACACUGCUGCUGAGCUCAGGCCAGCUUUGGAGAGGCCACCCCAGAACCCUCUUGCUCCCGGAGCUGCUGGGAAACCUUUCCACACCGACUCCCUGAGCCCCGAAGACCAGAAGGAGAAGGAAAGGGGUGAAGAAAAACACUGUUUUAACCUGUAUGCAAGUGAUCGCAUCUCUUUAAGCAGGGACCUGGGUGCAGACACAAGACCACCAGAAUGUAUCGAGCAGACCUUCAAGCGAUGCCCCCCCUUGCCGACCACCAGUGUCAUAAUUGUGUUUCACAAUGAGGCUUGGAGCACUCUGCUGAGGACAGUGUACAGCGUCCUCCACACCUCCCCUGCCAUUCUCCUCAAGGAGAUCAUCCUGGUGGACGAUGCCAGUGUGGAUGAUGUAUUGAAGGAUGAGCUGGAUGAGUAUUUAAAGCAGCUGAACAUCGUGCGAGUUGUCCGCCAGCGAGAAAGGAAAGGGCUCAUAACUGCUCGGCUGCUUGGUGCCUCCGUGGCCACCGGUGACACACUCACCUUUCUCGACGCCCAUUGUGAAUGCUUUAACGGAUGGCUGGAGCCUCUGCUGGCAAGGAUAGCUGAGAACUACACUGCAGUAGUUAGCCCUGAUAUAACCACUAUUGAUCUGAAUACAUUUGAGUUAAUGAAACCAUCCCCAUAUGGCCAGAAUCACAAUCGAGGCAACUUUGACUGGGGACUUUCUUUUGGUUGGGAGAGUCUACCAGAUCACGAGAAACAGAGGAGGAAAGAUGAAACAUAUGCCAUCAAGACUCCCACAUUUGCCGGUGGGCUCUUCUCCAUCUCUAAAGAAUAUUUCUACCACAUCGGCAGCUAUGAUGAAGAAAUGGAAAUCUGGGGUGGGGAGAAUAUUGAAAUGUCAUUUAGGGUGUGGCAGUGUGGUGGACAGCUGGAGAUCAUCCCCUGCUCCAUAGUCGGUCAUGUGUUCCGUACUAAAAGUCCCCACACCUUUCCGAAGGGUACACAAGUGAUUGCUCGCAAUCAGGUACGACUGGCUGAAGUCUGGAUGGACGACUACAAGGAGAUCUUCUACCGUCGUAACCAGCAAGCUGCACAAAUUGCAAAAGAUAAAACUUUUGGAGACAUCUCCAAACGCACGGACCUCCGAGCACGGCUGCAGUGCAAAACCUUCUCUUGGUAUUUAAAGAACAUUUAUCCAGAAAUCUUCAUGCCAGAUCUCAACCCACUCCGCUUUGGCUCAGUGAAAAAUGUGGGCAAAGACUCGUGUCUGGAUGCUGGAGAGAACAAUGAGGGCGGGAAAGAGCUGAUUAUGUACCCAUGUCAUGGACUAGGAGGAAACCAGUAUUUUGAGUACUCCACACGUCAUGAGAUUAGACACAACAUUCAGAAGGAGCUGUGUUUGCAUGGGGCACAGGAGGCUGUGAAACUGGAGGACUGCCAGUACAAAGGCAGGAACACAUUUGUAGGAGCAGAACAAAGAUGGGAGCUGAAGGAUAACCAGUUACUCUACUUCCCAGGACGGAACACGUGUCUGACUGCCCGUCAUGAGCAUCCCUCUUUGGCUCAUUGCAACCCAUCAGACAGAUACCAGCAGUGGUUCUUCUUUUGAGAGUGAAAUACACCACUUUGCAAAUAGCUACUUUGUAUGCAUGGGCAUACUAGGACACAAGUAUUCUAUAAUGUAUGCAGGUUUUUUUUUUAGAGUCAUGAUUACAUUGAGUUUUAAUUUAUUUUUUAUAUAGAGAAACUGAAUUGCUGCUGCUGGAAAGUCAGGACUUUGGAAGAGACCAUCAUGUGCCAUUCCUACAAGUAAACAUCCAGUUCUUGCAACAGUGAAGAUGCACCAUGUGGACUAGUGCCUCUUUCAUGUUUCAGAUGUGUUCACUCCUCCAGGUCUUUGCAACAAUAACAGGCAGCAUUUGGUAUUUUAAGCUGGGAUAUGUUCCACAGGAUUAUGAACAUUUUAAACAAGAUAUUUAUGCAGGUAACAGAAAAAUCCCAAGUGUGAUGCACCAAAGAGACAGACAGAGAAAACUUGAAACACACAAGAGUGAUGUUGCUUUGUCCCUUUAAAGGUAAUUUCCUGUAAUACAAGAUGUCUUAUUUGGAACAUCAUACAGUGCCUAGGGUAUAGUUUCAUUUUUAUUUUCUUUAAAA